AUGUUGCAUACGCUUUUCGCCAAGAAUGGGACUGAGACGCCCGAGCCAGUCAAAGCGAAUGUUGAAGGCACUCUCCCCCACUGGCUGCAGGGGACGCUGUUGCGCAAUGGACCGGGCAUGUUCUCUGUGGGAGACACCGCCUACAACCACUGGUUCGAUGGGAUGGCUCUGAUCCACAGUUUCACUUUCAAAGAUGGUGAGGUUUACUACCGCAGUAAAUACCUCAACAGUGACACUUACAAAAAGAACAUGACCGCCAACAGGAUCGUUGUGUCCGAAUUUGGAACCAUGGUCUACCCUGACCCCUGCAAAAGCAUUUUCUCAAGAGCAUUCACCUACCUGACCAGUAUAAUUCCUGACUUCACAGACAACAACCUUAUAAACAUUAUAAGGUACGGAGAAGACUACUACGCCUCAUCAGAAAUAAACUACAUCAAUCAGCUUGACCCUGAGACCCUGGACACUGUAAGGAGGGUCAACUACAGGAACUACAUUGCAGUGAACCUUGCGACUGCUCACCCCCAUUAUGAUGACCAGGGUAACACCUACAACCUGGGCUCCUCCAUGAUGAGCCUCACCGGCCCCAAAUAUGUCAUCUUCAAGGUCCCCUGCGAUGCCUCAGCAGAUAACGAGAAAAAGAAGCUUGCCCUGAAGAAGGCCAAGCCGGUGUGCUCGGUGUCCUGCCGCUCCCGCAUGUACCCCAGUUACUUCCACAGCUUCGGCCUGACAGAGAACUACAUCGUUUUCAUCGAACAGCCCUACAAGCUGGACAUCCUGAAACUGGCCACCGCCUACUACAGGGGGAUCAACUGGGGCAACUGCCUGAAAUUCGACAAGGACGACACAACAUUGAUCCACCUGAUCAACAGAACGACUGGUAAGACCGUGUCCACCAAGUACUACACCGACGCACUGGUGGUCUUCCACCACAUCAACGCCUACGAAGACGAGGGACACGUGGUGUUCGACAUGAUCACGUACAGGGACGGCAACCUGUACAACAUGAUGUACCUGAGAAACAUGCAGCAGAACGUUGAAGAGUUCAUGGAGGCCAACAAGACGUCUUCCCCGCCCAUUUGCCAGAGAUUCGUCCUUCCCCUCGAUCUCGACAAGGAUGCCCCAGCGGGGACCAACCAGGUGAAACUCACGGACACAACAGCCACAGCAGUGGUUCAGAAGGAUGGCUCAGUGUACUGCCAGCCAGACACGCUGUUUGAAGGCCUGGAGCUACCAGGGAUUAAUUACAAAUUCAAUGCCAGGAAGUAUCGUUAUUUCUACGGUACAAGGGUGGAGUGGACAGCAAACCCUAAUAAGAUCGGUAAAAUAGACAUUGUGACGAGGAAGUGUUUGGAGUGGACAGAGGAGGAAUACUACCCCUCCGAACCGGUCUUCGUCGCCUCGCCAGAUGCUGUGGAGGAAGAUGAUGGGGUCAUUUUGUCCUCUGUCAUUUCAACCAAUCCAGAGAAAUCUCCAUUUAUGCUGGUGCUGAAUGCCAAGAAUUUUGAAGAGAUUGCACGAGCCAGAUUAAGCACCAGCGUUCACUUGGACCUGCAUGGCCUCUUCAUUCCUCGACAGGACUCUACCUAAAGUUACCAGCAGGGGGCAUGCUUUCUUUCUGUAAUUUGCAACACUUCUGACCUUUGAGACUGUUU